CCAUCGCCGGUGGUUUGCUGCAGGGAGGGAGCUGAGGCUAUUUAAAGAGGUUCAUCCAGCCUCGGAUAAAUAACAGAAGGUUGACUAACCGCCUCUAAAUGCUCCUCAUCCAGAACCCGCCGUCUGUCUGCGGAGACUUUCUGUCUGUCUGUCCGCUGUGACACCCAGAAAACCAGAAAAAAAAAAAAAAAAAAAUCCAGCAAACGUCCAGACCCUCCAGUCGGUCUCCAGCUGCUCUCCUCCACCAGCCUCCGUCUGAAAAAUGGGGAAAGAUUACUACAAAACGCUGGGCAUCUCCAAAGGAGCCACCGAGGAGGACGUGAAGAAGGCGUACCGAAAGCAGGCUCUGAAAUGGCAUCCGGACAAGAACAAGUCUGCAGCCGCCGAGGAGAAAUUCAAGGAGAUAGCCGAGGCUUAUGAAGUCCUGAGUGACCCGAAGAAACGGGAGAUCUACGACCAGUACGGAGAAGAAGGCCUUAAAGGAGGAAGUGGACCCACCGCCGAUGGACAGGGCAGCACCUUCACCUACACCUUCCACGGGGAUCCUCACGCCACCUUCGCCACCUUCUUCGGAGGCUCCAACCCCUUCGAGAUGUUCUUCGGGCGCAAAGCGAACGGGCGUGACGACGAGGACAUGGAGGUGGACGGCAGCGACCCGUUCGGCUCCUUCACCAGCUUCAACCUGAACGGCUUCCCCCGGGAUGGACACGUGGGCCUCGGAGGGCAGCAGCGCCGCAAGCAGGACCCGGCCAUCAUCCACGAGCUGAGGGUCUCCCUGGAGGAGGUCUUCCACGGCUGCACCAAGAGGAUGAAGAUCUCCCGCAAACGCCUCAACCCGGACGGUAGGACCAUGAGGACCGAAGACAAGAUCCUCACCAUCGAGAUCAAGCGGGGCUGGAAGGAGGGAACCAAGAUCACGUUUCCUCGGGAGGGAGACGAGUCGCCCAACACCAUCCCCGCCGACAUCGUCUUCGUCAUCAAGGACAAACCGCACCCUCACUUUAGGCGGGAAGGAUCCAACAUUGUGUAUCCGGUUCGCGUCAGCCUGCGACAGUCACUGUGCGGAUGCUCGGUUACCGUGUCGACGAUAGACGGGAAGACGUGCAACAUGAAGAUCACGGACGUCAUCAAGCCCGGCAUGAGAAAAACUGUGGCCGGACAGGGCCUCCCGUUCCCCAAAAACCCCGAGCAGAGAGGAGACCUGGUGGUGGAGUUUGACGUGAACUUUCCCGACACGUUGCCCGGCAACGCCAGGGACGUCCUGAAGCGGCAUUUACCGGCUUAAUGGCGACGGACCGGACAGCCCUCGACUCACACGAGGACAGCUCUGAAAGAUCACAGAUGGACCCCCAACUGACGAAUGUACAAUUUCUAUUUUUGAGUAUUUUGGUGUUUUUUUGUUUGUUUUUUUGAGAAACGCCACGCAUGCAAGCAGAAGACUGUUUGGACUGUUGAUGGACUUAUAGGCACCAAAAAAUAUUGUUUGUUGGUCUGAAAAAAUUCCAAAAAUUCUGCAAAAAAAUUCCCUUAAAAGUUUUAUUUUUUAAAAAAAAAAAAUCCCCCAAAUUUGGCAAGAAAAUUCUUGUAAAUAUUUUCAAAAAAUGAGUAAAAAUCUUCCAAAAAAAUCCUAAAAAUAUCUAAAGUGAUUCCAUAUAUAUCAGUAAAACGUCCAAUAUUUUCUUUAGCCCUCGUGUUGUCCUACGGGUCAAAAUUGACCGGUUUGAAAAUGUGGAAAAAAAAACAUUUUCACAGUAAAAAUUUCCACAUUUUCAAUAUUUUUGGGAAAUUUUUUAACAUUUUUGGUGGAGAAAAAAAAGAAAUGUAAAAAAAAAAAGUUUUCUUUAAGGACAUACACAAAAAAAUCAACCAAAAUCCAGCUAAUUUCACUGGAUUUUAGUUGAUUUUUUUUCUGGAUGUUGUUAAAGAAAAUAUUAGAAGUUUUACUGAUAUAUAUGGAAUCACUUUAGAUAUUUUUCAGAUUUUUUUUGGAAGAUUUUCACUCAUUUUUUGAAAAUAUUUACAAGAAUUUCCUCCAAAUUUGGGGGAUUUUUUACUGAAUUUUCAGAUUUUUUUUUUUUUUCAGAGAAGGAAACAGUAUUUUUUGGUGCCCGUAAAUGAGGACAACAGGAGGGUUAAUCACUUUAGCUUUCUGCUUGUUGGAAAUAUUUGUGAAUGAGUUGCCAAAAAAACAUCCUAGGAAAAGGACAAGUUUAGUGCCAAAUGUUCCAUUUUUAGAUUCCUGAAGUUUUGUGGUUUUUUUUUUUUUAAACCAAAUAUUAUUACCAAAAAUUAUUUGAAUUACAUGUUUUUAUACAUGUUUAUAUGCGGCUCAAAAAGGGACAAAUGAAAUCAUACACAUGAUAAACACAAACAAAUAUACAAUCCGGCAACACAACUAACUCAUGGCACCAUCUAAACCAGGGGUGUCAAACUCAGUUUAGCUCAAAUUCAGACCAAUUUGGUCUAAAGUGGGCCGAACCAGUAAAAUCACAGCAUAAUAAACUAUAAAUAACUCCCAAAUUUUCCUUUGUUUUAGUGCAAAAAAGGACAUCCUAAAAAAUGUUCACAAUUAAGGAAUUAUCUUUUUACAAAACAUCAUGAACAACCUGAAAUUUGUUCAGAAAAAUAAAUUCAAUUUCAGCAACAUUCAUCCUCAGUUUAUCAUUUCCACAUUACAACUUCCAGAUCACACAGUGUUGACAAAGGAACACAAUAUUUAGUCACAGCUAAUCUGGAAUUGAACAAUGUCGUAUUUUACCUUUAAAAAAGACAAAAAAACAAAAAAUAAGACAAAAUAUUACAAAAAUGAGAUGCUUAACAAAAGUGAGAAACAAAAUGACAAAAAGAUGAGACAAACAUUAAACAAUAAAAAAGACAAAAAAAAUAACAAAAAAUGGACACGACAAAAAAAUGACAAAAGCGAGAAACAAAACAACAAAAACGAUGCUCAAAACAAUGAAUAAAGCAAAACAAAAAAAUGACAAAAAUGAGACAAAAAACACAAGCGAGACAAAAAGGAAACACAAAACAACAAAAAUGUGAGACAAACUAUAAAAGCCAGACAAAAAAAGACAAAAAACAACAAAAACAACACAAAAUUUUACAAACAUGAGGCACAAAAUGAGAAAAGAACAAUCUAGUAUUUUACUUUCUGAUCAAAACAACUUGUUAUGGUCUAGAAAUGAUUUUAAAUUUAUAGUUUUACUGAGUUACAAUCUGCAGUUAUUGUCUUCUCUGGAAUUUUUACACUUUGAGGGUUGGAUUGGACCCUCUGGAGGACCGCUUUUGGGCCGCGGGCUGCAUGUUGGACACCCCUGGACUAAACCCACAUAAAGAGAAUUAAGUUUUAAGUAAAUUAGAGAGCAGCAAGGGCUAUGAAACAUGUAAAAUACGCAAUCCAGACACUAAUGUCAAAUUCAAAUCAAAUUAAAACUUCUCCCCGGGCCUGUAAAAUAUGUAAAAUCUAAUUAAAUUAAAGUAAGGAAUAAAAGGAGCCUAUAAAUUCAUAAAGGAACCUAACUUCAAAUGGAGUUUUGCUAUUAUUUUUUUCCAUUGAAUCCACUUUCUUUAAUCUCUCUCUCCACUGGUGGAGGGCUGGAGGUAGUGGUCAUCAUUUUCUUUGCCACCAGAAGUAGGAUUUGGAACAGAUCUGCCUUCUUUUUUCCAUUACUUCUUCUGGAAUGGAGCCGAUUAUGCAGAACAAUGGCUCAAGUGGCAAAUCAACACUUAACCCCCCGUGUCGUCCUACGGGUCAAAAUUCAACCAUUUUAAGUUUGAAAAUGUGGAGAAAAAAAAUAUUUUCACAGUGAAACUUCUGAUGUCCACAUUUCAAUAUUUUUGGGAAAUUUUUGUACAUUUUUGGUGGAAAAAAGGAAAUGUUAAAAAUGUCUCUUAAGAACAUUCACAAAAAAUUAAUUCACUAGAUUUUGGUAGAUUUUUUUGUGAAUGUUCUUAAAGAAAAUAUUAGAAGUUUUACUGAUAUAUAUGGAAUCACUUUAGAUAUUUUUAGGAUUUUUUUGGAAGAUUUUUACACAUUUUUUGAAAAUAUUCACAAGAAUUUUCUUGCCAAAUUUGGAGGAUUUUUUAAAAAUAUAACUUUUAAGGGAAACUUUUAAGGAAUUAUUGGAAUUUUCUUCCUGAAGGUUUUGCAAAUUUUCAGAAAUUUGAGGAAUUUUUUUGCUGAAUUUUUUGAUUUUUUUCAGACAAGGAAACAAUAUUUAUUGGUGCCUGUAAAUGAAGACAACAGGAGGGUUAAAAUGGAUCUGAUUUCUGCCUGAAUCCCAAAACGGUUUCAGUUUUGGAUAGUCCCAACAAAUGUGAGGAUUCCUGACCCUUUUUUUUGGCCAUCUUUCAUGUUUCAUUUCGAUGAGCUUUCCCUUUGGACGCUUACAGUUUGAGGGAUUCAAGAGGACAGCGGUCGAAUGAACAGUGAGUGCAUUUUACAGAGAAUCUGUGACCACGUGAAGAACUUGAAUUUUAAAAUAAAUAUUUCCACAUGAACUGAUCUUGAGCUGUUUUAGUCAUGGAGACGAAGAAUCCUCCUCAGCCAGAAACAGAACCAGUGUGCUGACUUUAAAAUCGCUUUAAAAUUUGCUAAAUGCUGCUUUUAGGGGUUCUUUCUAGUCUGUGUAGCAAUGUUUCACACAAUGGUCACCUGGAAAUUCUAUAUUUUGAUAGUCACAUGUGAAUAUUUUGUUGUUGUUGAGCUUCUACGGUGUCAUUUUUGAUGUGCAAAGAUCAAAAUUAAAAAUAUCUUGACUGGA